UGGUCUUACCUUUUCCAUCCUAAUAUUUUCCGGGGAAAAGAAUAGGAAAGAGAGAGAAAAUGCUUUACCCGUCGAAGAUGGAGAAGACGAAAAAGAGAAGUUGAUUUGCGGUUAGAAGUUCCAGACGUUUCAAUAUCCCGCGCACACCACUCUUCUCUCUCUCUACUUUCACUCUCUAGGCAUUUCAUUCCUUCAAUCUAGGGUUUUACCACCCCUUCUCUCUCUCUCAAAUCUUGAAACCCUAGAUUUUGUACCUCAAAUUCCAAUUCCAUACUGUUCGAUGGAGGAAGAGAAGGCCGGCGGCGCUGGAAGUGGCGAAGUUGCGAGGGUUUCACCAUCUUUCGAUGCGGUCGGUGGCCGGCAGAGGUUCACUGUCGAGCUCAGACCUGGGGAGACCACAAUUGUUUCUUGGAAAAAGCUUGCGAAGGACGCCAGUAAGGUCAAAGGAUCUAAAUCGGCCCCUGAACAAACGCCCUCCAUUCCUCUCCCAGCUCUGGAGUCUCGCAUUGCUCCGGGAGAACCUGCUGAAAAUGAAGUGAAGGAUGAAAACCCUGCUAAUCAUCGUUUCAGUGCUGUCAUUGAGAAGAUCGAACGCUUGUACAUGGGUAAGCAUAGUAGUGACGAGGAAGAUCUCAAUGAUGUUCCUGAUGAUGAUGAGUAUGACACAGAAGAUUCUUUUAUAGAUGACACAGAGCUGGAUGAGUAUUUUCAAGUUGAUAAUUCAGCAAUAAAACACAAUGGAUUCUUUGUUAAUCGGGGGAAGUUGGAACGCAUCAAUGAACCUAUCUCGUCGCCUCACGAGCAACCGAAGAAGCGGAGAAAAAAGGAUUUGGCAAAAGGCUGUGGUGAGAAUAGUGAUGGUAACCUAACAAAUAGACCUGCAAAAGUAGGGAAAAAGGCUGCUGGAAGGUCACUGCCAUUGGCUGGGAAGAAUUCUUUUAGUCACUCUCAGAGUAUUACUGGACCAGUUGAACAUUCUGACGAUGUGAAAUUUCAUAAUCAGAUGAAUGCUGCUGUAAUAUCUUCUAAAAAGAAAUCUGGUUAUAAUAAAACUACAUUAGAUCCCUCUUUUUCAAAAGUGUCAAAUGGUGAUGCUGCUUUGUCUCUAGUGGGGGAAAAGGAUAUUGACAUGCAGAAGACAGGAGUGCUUUUAUCUAAAAACUACAUUAACAAAUUGAAAGAUGCUAGUGAAUUUAACGAUCCUUCCUAUCAGAGAUCGCAUGAGAAAAGUACUUUAGCACAAGUCAAACCUCAAUCUGGAAGAUUAUCGAACAACGUUGAUGGGUUGGAACAAGUAGUUCUGCGAAAAGAAAAAAAUGGUAUUCUUGAACAGCCUGAGAUUAAUGUUCCAGAGGGCAAGUAUUCCAUGCAAACUACGAAGGCUCCAGUCAUGCAUAGAAGGGAAGGUUCUAGUGUCCGGCCAAAAAGUACAACACUUGAAAAGGCUAUCAAGGAGUUGGAGAAGAUGGUUGUAGAAUCAGCAAGACCACCUACUAUGGAAGUUCCAGAUGCAGAUACUUCGUCCCAGGCGGUAAAAAGGAGAUUACCACAUGAAGUAAAGCAGAAGCUUGCUAAAGUUGCUAGACUAGCGCAGGCAAGCCAUGGAAAAAUAUCAAAGGAGCUGCUCAAUCGUCUGAUGGGUAUUCUUGGUAACUCGAUACAGCUUAGAACAUUAAAGAGAAACUUAAAGGUCAUGGUUACUAUGGAUUUGUCAGCGAAACAGGAGAACGAGGGUAGGUUUCAGCAGAUUAAAAAGGAAGUUGUUGAGAUGAUUAAAGUGCGGGUUCUUUCUCCUAAGCCCAAGGCAAUUGAGCAACAAGCUGGUGUAUCUGAUGAUUUUCAAGAAAUUGGUAACCAAGAGAAAGAAGAAAGAAAAUGUGGCAUGGAUGAUGCAUUGGAGGAGAAGAUAUGCGAUCUCUAUGACCUUUAUGUUGAAGGGCUGGAUGAAGAUGCAGGUCCGCAAGUCAGAAAGCUGUAUGCAGAGCUUGCAGAAUUGUGGCCAAAUGGAUUAAUGAACAACCAUGGGAUUAAACGCGCUAUAGUUAGGGCAAAAGAUAGGAGGAGGGCUCUGUACAGCCGGCAGAAGGAUCAGGAAAAAAUCAGGAGGAAGAAAUUGUUGACCCCAAAGACAGAGGAGACUAUUCAAGUUGAAGCUAGUUGUAUACCUCAGCCACAAUAUAUGCAAGAGAAGUUGGUUACUGAUUCAGGUAACCUUGGCAUCACUUCACUCAAUAGGCCAGUAGCCAAUACAACAUCUAUUGCUACUCGAAUACCUAGUACCUUAGUGAAUGAUCCGGGCUUGAACUUGCCAAAACAAGAGGUGGUCAAAGGAGGAAAUUCAGGUAAUUCCAGUGACACCAGGACGGUGGAGGCUUUGACGAAGAAAAAGGUAAAGAGGAAGCCAGAAUUGGAUGUGGGAGAAGCUCACUUCCGUCCGGAGAAGUUAACUUCUGCACAAGGAGAGGAAAGACACAAAUCUAACAAGCAGUUUUCCGGUCUUCUCCAGAAACCUAAUCUUCAGUCCGCUCCUCCCCCUCCUCCUCCUCCUCCUCCUCCUCCAAGCUUUGAACAACAGGGCUGACGAGAUGUAGCUCAAUUAUGAAGUUUACACCCCGGAGAUAUAAUUCGUGUAACAUUGUUAAUAGUUACUUCUUGGCGGCUUAAUUCAUUCUGACCAAAUAAUAUUCGUCUAGUUUUGUAAAUAAAUGUUGUUUGACAUGCAUUGUUGAUCCAAAUUUUAUCUCGAAUAGAUUCAUCACAAAGCUGUAAUUAAUUCUGAAGGCAAUUUGUAUUCAUAUCAUUUGACUGGAAUUUUCUUUCCGUUCUUAUUAAUUAGGGGUGUAUGAAUAUGAAUUAUUGUGGA